AUGCAGACACCACAGAAGGACGAACCACAGCCAGGUGCUCGAAGGUCCUCCAAACAACAUCGACCACGUACGGAGCACAAAGUGCAGUCCGAUAACGACAUCACCCAGGUGAAUCAGCAAGAAGGAGAGCUGACACCUUCGAAGAAGAAUAGAAAACCACGUAAAGCAUCGAACGCGAGGAAGAACGGGGUGCAGUCAGAUGUGGGUGAGACUAUAGAUCAAGGCCAGCGGCACGGCAACUACCACGACAGAAAUAAGAAGACCCCAGCUAAAGCAAUUCGAAGCGACGCCUAUGCAGGGCCUACCUUUCAUCAGUCUCCUGCCGCCUCUGCCCUGCCCAUGCCGAGUUUUCUCUCUAGAUCCGUGCCGAACAAUGCCCCCGUCAGCACUAUUACUGAAACUGCUGAUGGCUCUUCGGAUGCCAAGGAAGAGGCUGUAGCAGAUAUCGAGGAGAGAAGAGAAGCCACACCACUAGACUGGAUGUUCAAUGCCGCUCGACAAGCUCGUGUAACACCGGAUGAGGCAAGCCCGGCACGUAGAUUAUCUCCAUCAAACCAGAGCCCAACCAUACGACGAGAAGAUACAGACUUUCCUUUUGAGCUUGAUGCCAUCCAAGACAAGAGACCUAAUCAAUCUACACCGUUCAGCCAACUACUUGCUGCGUCACGGGCACCACAAUCCAUCUCUGAGGGAGGACAAUCCCUUACAGACGAAGAGCGCAAAGCCAAGACUGCUGCUUUGAAGAAGGCACUCUUGAAUGCAGGCAACGAGCAGCAAAUCCUACCCGCAAAUGAUAGCAACCCAUUCAACGCAAAGAAUGCUCCUGCUAAUAGUUACACUCCUCGACAUACGUCCAAUCCCAGUACUCCUUCUUAUACCAAUGGCUACGGUCCUGGUCAGAAUAGCCACUAUUUUCAGUACGCUCCUCAGGGGUCACCAACGCGCAAUUUCACUAGCCAGACUACUAAUCGUCCACCGUCUUCCGGCUUGCGCAACGUUUACAACCCAGCCAUGGCACCGCCUCUAUCGCCACCACCAACUACGAUGCCUGAGCAACGCAUCUCGACUGCUCGAAGUCCUCAACCACAGCCUGCCAGAGCACUAAACUUCGGAGCUAUUUAUGGCACGACCCCAUCUCGACCACAAAGUGAGGGCAAUCAGCAUGGGCACAACUCAAAGCCAAGUCUCGAGCAAGGACUUGAUGACCUUAAGAGAGCUCUCAAUAUGAACUUCUUUGGACAAGCUUGA